AUGUCGAAAGAGAUUUCUGGCAGCGUGAUUGAUUGCAAGAAUGCAAGAGACAUGUGGCUUGAGUUGCAGGAGUGUUUUUCUCAUACCAAUACUAUCCAACUAUUCAACAUAGAAAAUGCAAUCCAUGAAUGUGAGAAAGGAACCGGAUCAGUGACUUCCUUCUUCACUAGACUCAAGAGCCUCUGGGAUGAGAGGGAUGCAAUUUGUGAGAUUCCACCUUGUAGCUGUGAGGCAAGAAAAGAGCUUAAGUCAUACAUGGAGAACCAGAAGACCAUGAAGUUUCUAAUGGGACUCAACGACAACUGUGCUGCAAUUCGAAGCAACACAGUGGCAAUUGAUCCACUGCCAACUGUGAACAAAGCAUAUUUGAUGGCAUUGCGGCAUGAGAAGCAAGCAGAGGCUUCGAAUGGGAAACCAGUUAUUCAACCAGAGGCGGCUAUUUUUGCCAUGAAAAAGGGAGGUCGAGACCUUGAUUUGGGAGACGGCGAAGCUAGAUGUGAAAAGUGCCACAAGACUAAUCAUAGAACCAAAAAUUGCAGAGCUCAUCUCAAGUGUACUUACUUUAGGUGGAAAGACCACACUUAUGAUUAUUGUAGAAGGAGAAAGGAUGCUGCAGAAGGAGGACAGGGAAGCUCAAAGGGAAAUCAUGUUGUUUCCAUAGAUGACAAGAAAUUUGAUGGAAUCAACUUUCCGUUUUCACAAGAAGAUUGUAAGCAGCUUGUUGAGUUGUUGAGUAAGAACAAGGUUGCCACAGCCAACCAAGUCGGUAAUAUCCCCAAUUAUGAGGAACUUUCAGGUAAAACUUAUUGUUUUCCUCAACAUGGCAAAGCAAGUGUUUGUAUAUUGGACAGUGGUGCCAGUGAUCAUAUAGUCUGUACUCCUACUUUUCUCACUUCUUUGACAAUUGUUCACAAUCGUUUUGUUAAGUUACCGGAUGGUACCUCGGCCUAA